AUGGGCUCGACAGAGACUCUGACUGACCUCACGCCGGAUUUCCGCUAUAUCCCCCUCUCCUACAGCCAUGCCGACUCCCAGGCCUCAGCCCUGCGGUUGAUCUUGACCCUCAACCCGGACUGGGAAGGCCCCGGCAACAACAUUCAAUUCGUGCGCUUCACCGACGGCAUUACGAACACCCUCCUCAAAAUCAUCAACCCCAAGGCAGGCCUGACGGAGGAACAAAUAGACAACGAGGCCGUACUGAUGAGGGCAUACGGAAACGGAACAGAGAUCCUCAUAGACCGUGAAAGAGAAACCAAGUCGCACGCCCUGCUAGCCAGUCGCGGCCUGGCCCCACCCCUCCUCGCCCGUUUCAAGAACGGCCUGCUAUACCGCUUCAUCCGCGGCAAGCCCUGCGGCCACCUGGAUCUAGUCUCCCCGCCCAUCUGGCGUGGCGUCGCUCGCCGUCUGGCGCAGUGGCACGCCGUGCUCCCCAGUAGCGGCGCGGCCCCAACUAAGGAUACCGAAGCGUCUGUUUCUGAGAUUGCCCAGUCGCACGAUGAUGAGAUCACUGUAAUCCAGCCCCGUCGUGGUGGGCCCUCUAUGUGGGCAGUUUUGCAGAAGUGGGUGCUGGCUCUGCCGAUUGCUACGCCUGAGCAGCGUGCGCGCCGGUUAAGUCUGCAGCAGGAGUUGCAAUGGGUUGUCGAGGUUCUCGAUGAUGGCAAGGGAAUCGGUGAAGACGGGCUUGUUUUCUCGCACUGCGACCUGCUCUGCGCCAACGUUAUCGUUCUUCCUAGUGAGGAUAACGCGCCCAUUCCUGAAGACGGUAUCGCGCCGGUCAACUUCAUCGACUAUGAAUACGCGGUUCCUGCUCCUGCUGCCUUUGAUAUCUCUAACCACCUAGCCGAAUGGGGUGGUUAUGACUGCGACUACAACAUGAUGCCGACGAAGUCUGUGCGUCGUCAGUUCCUUACUGAGUAUACCAAGAGUUACUGCCAGCAGCGUGGCAUCGAUGCUGCAUCGGAGGCUGAUAUUGUUGAACGGUUGUAUGAGGACGUUGACCGGUUCCGUGGUAUUCCCGGUCUUUACUGGGGUGUUUGGGCGCUUAUCCAAGCACAAAUCUCCCAGAUUGAUUUCGACUACGCCAGUUACGCUGAGACCCGUCUUGGCGAGUACUUUGCCUGGAAGCGUGAGAUCGACGGAAGCCGCAAACAAGCCGGUGAGGAGAUGCCCUUGCGCGAAGCUCGCUGGGCCCAAGAGGCGUAA